CAGAAACCGAAAAUGAAAAGAGCAUAAUUUCGCACGAGACGUUAAUUGUAAAUUCGAGGAUGGAUUAAUCAAAAUUAUUAUUAUUAUUAUUAUUAUUAUUAUUAUUAUUAUUAUUGUAUUACUAUUAUUUGUACUUAAUAAGUGUUAUGAUGAUCUGUUACUCGCAUAUGCUGGAUUUUAUUCUAGUUGGCAGAAUUAAAUAAGCCUUUGCCCAAAAAAAAAAAAAACAAAAAACAAAAACGGCAGCUCUGCAAUGGAUUCUAAGAAGGAAGAUGAGAAGAAAAAAUCAAGAAAAAAGAGAACUCUUCGGAUAAAUAUGCCCAACUUGAGUUCCUUCACAAUGCCAUUCCUGGAAGGAGAUGCGGAACAUUCGAACAUGGACGGCACACGCAAGGGAGAGCUUAACUGCCGCUCAGCCAGCCCAACCAAAACCUUCUCCAGCUGGGGUCCAUUUAGUCGGCCCUCUAGCCCCAUGUCCGCUCCGGCCCGGUCCAGAAACAGCCCUGGAUCUCCUAAAUCCAUCUUCCCCUACUCCUCCAAUCACGACACCUCACCCAAGAGUUCACGCCGCCGCAGUUUCACCGGAAUGUUCCGCUUGUCCUCUAAAGACUCCACAAAUCCCUCCACCUCUCCUAUCAGCAUCAAACUCUUCUCUCGGGCCAAAAAAGCCUCUGGGAUCUGCUCAUCACCCACCACUCCAACACAACUAACCAAGCGGACUCCAGCAUUUCUUCUAGAAGUCAGUCCAAAUGACACCAUGCAUCGUUCCUCCUCCUCCAGCCUUGACACUGGACUGCACCUCCCACAGCACAGCCCAACUGCUGCAAAACCGCCUCCCAGUCCCUGCUCAGCACCAAUACCUACUUCACGUGCGGUUCACUGUUUAUCUGAAGAAAUGCUGGAGAAACUCGAUAUCGAGGAUGAAGGUAAGCCCCACAGGGAUUCAUAUAUUGCUCCGAUUAAAACUCAUGCUAAAAAAAAACCCGUGUCGUGAUUGUUGCGAUCCGCAUUCAUUUUCUGAAACGACUGGAUCAGCGGCUUCGCUCCCUUAACAUUGUUAAUUUGUGAUGCUCCUUGAUGACUUUAAGUAUAUGUUACCUGUGGUAGUUAUC